AUCCCGCUCCUUCCAUCUUCCAAGAACAGAACUUCUCUCUCCUCUUUCUGGUUUUCGGCUUGUCUCGGAGAACCACCAAAAGCAAACCAGAACAACUUUAGCGAAUCCAGAUUGGACUUGGAUUACUAACAGGAACAAAGAAUCGAAGAAGAGUACAAGUUCUGCAACUCCAAGGUUAGGGAAACUUGUGCUGUGAUAAGAAUUCUGAACCGGGAAAAACCCUCAUUCUUCUUGAUUCUACGAUGACGAGGAACGGCAAUGGAGAUGUAGAGAACUCACGGAGAGCUUCUGAUAUACUUAGGUCAAGAACGGAUCCUUUCUUGAUCGUUUGCAGAAUCUUCAGUGUCGUGACUGCGUUAACCGCCAUUCUCUGCAUUUUCGCCAAUGUUCUCGCUGCUGUCAGAUCGUUCAAGAAUGGAUCCGAUGUCUUCGAUGGGAUUUUCCGCUGCUAUGCUGUUGCUAUUGCAAUUUUUGUAGUCGUUGCGGAAACAGAAUGGGGAUUCAUUUACAAGUUCUGGAGAAUAUUGGAGUAUUGUGCUGGUAGGGGCAUGCUGCAGAUCUUUGUAGCUGUCAUGACAAGAGCUUUCCCUGAUACUAGUGGAGAGAAGAAAGAUCUAGUGCUGCUUCAAAAUAUAGCCAGCUAUCUGCUCCUUGGAUGUGGUGUGAUCUAUGUUGUUUCGGGUAUCCUUUGCAUUGGUUUUCUUAAACGUGCUCGCCAGAAAAAAGAAAUUACAAGAGAGCAAGCAGUGAAAGAUCUGGAGGAAUUGGAGCAGCGAAGAGAGGAGCUUGAAGAAUUGCUAAUCAAUGAGAGGGCUUGAAAAGUAAUAUGCUACAAGUAGUGAUGGAGCAUCCAAGUUGUCAACUGCAGCCAAUGGGCAAGGAAGUUGAAUCAUGCGGAUCCCGCUGUAUGAGUACCGUUGUAUAAUUGCUAAUGUUUCAUUUGGUUGAUUCUAGUCUUGAAUUCAUAGUUGUUCUCUUCAAAGAAUUUGAAACCUUGUAGCUCCCUCUUCUGCAAGUUUAUGUAAAUGAUCAUAUUGUAACAACAAAAUAGUAAAUCUGAUAGCCAUUCAUUUUAUUUGA